AUGUAUACGGAUUUCGAUUGGUAUAAAUCACUCACAGAAAUAGAAUGGGUAAUAGAAAAUGAAGGAUGUAAACUAAUUAAAUCUGAAAUUAAAGGCGAAACUCUAAUUAUCAAAACAGUGAAAAGAGUCGUAGAAGAAUAUGAUACUAUCAUUGAACUAGACAAUCUAACAUUAAUUGGUCACUCCAACAAAGGAUGGAGAGAUCAAACCUCAUUACCAGAAAAUCAAGAAGAAAACAAAAAUAAAAAACAAUCAGAUGAACAACAACCAAAAUCUACAUCAGAACAAAUACCAAAACAAGGAAAAAGAACAAUCAUUAUCCCACCAAUCACCUCCUCAUCUAAUGAUAAAACAUUUAUGGCCCUAGAUGAUACAGCUCAAAAGGUAAUAGAUGCAUCACUAGAAAACGUAGAUGAACUAACAAGAAUAGAGAAUGAGAUCAAUACCCAAUCGAUAAAAAAUCAAGAAAUUAAAACAAAAUCAGAAAAACCUAUUGAACCACCAUCUCCAUACAAUACACCAAUAAAACAACACGGCGAAACAAAGAGACUAACAACGGAAGAAAAACUUAGAGAGGUAAAUGAUAUCUUCGACUUCACCAGCCCAAACACUGAUGCAAUAAGAAAAAUAGAAUUCCCACUUUCAAUCCCUUCAAAUCAAUGGUUCUUCUCCUCUCCAAUAAAACAUAUCAUGAGUUUCAGCCCAACCUAUGGUACACCAUCGAAAAUUAUUGAUUCACCAAGUAAAUUGUUAAACACACCAAAAAACAAACAACAAGACAAAACAAACAGGACCAACAAAACACCAGUCAAACCAAAAUUGGGUGAAUAUGGACAAAAAAGCAUAAAAACAAAAAUGGAUGAAGAUAUAGACAACUUCAACAAGGAAAUUCUAAAACAAAUCAGUAAAUCAAAAAACCCCACAAACACACAAGACCAACAACACAACGAACAAAGUAAAGAUCAGUUAGAAGACAAAAUAAACCAGAAACUUCAAAAGGUAGAUAAAAAUCUACCCCAAAUAAAACUAUAA